ACUCCAUCGUUCCUAGCGUUUUUGAGAACAACUCCCUGUGCUUACUGUUUACCCCCAAAUGAGCCAUUUUCCGUAACUCGGUUCCUCGAUUUCUUUUCUCCAGAAUCGCUUGGCCCUGCUCAGUGCUCGGUGCUCACUCACACCGGCAACAUACCGGAGGACAUCCAGGAACGGAAAUUAAGCCCCGCAUUUUUGGCUUGCGUUGGUCUGUCUCCUCCACAUCCAUUCCAUUUCUCGCGGCCUCAUCGCCAAGAGUCAUCGCUACGUACAUACGGGUCCGGUGGGAACGCAUCACGUCCAUCGCCUGUUUGACGUCGACUCGUCGACUCUCCAGACCAUCCACUCUCUCUCUGCCUCUGAGCCCGUGAAUGAACUGUUGCGGCUCGAGCGCCGACCACACCUCUGCUGCUUUCGUCGACAUCUGGCAAUCCAUUGGCCAGGGCCUCUCUGCCCUCUCCGGUUGGCCCUCGCUCGAUUCGUCCCGGUGGGGCUCACUGCCACUAGACCUCUUCGUCUCGUCCAAUCCGGCCCGGGCCAUGAGCGACACUGAGCCGCCCGUCGUCCCGGAAGACGCCGCCGGACAGGCUUUGGUGGUUUCGCCCACUGAUUUCCUCGGUCUUUUCAUUUUUGGCUUCGUCGUGGUGCUCGUGGUCUCCACCUAUUGCCGCACUCGAGCCGCACGCCGUAAAACCCAAUGAAUGCCAUGAAGGUCCGGGCAGCGGCCCUACGCGCCUUCCACACGUCGGCUGGACCGCUGGCGGCUCAGUCCGGCAGCUCGAAUCGAUGGCGUCAUCGUCAAGCCACUGACCCGUUUGUGGCUCAAGCCCACGCCCAAGGUUAUCGGGCUCGCAGUGCCUUUAAAUUACUAGACAUUCAGUCGCGCUUCCGAUUGCUCAAGCCCGGUCAACUGGUCAUCGAGUGCGGGUGCGCACCUGGGGCUUGGUCGCAAGUAGCUGCGCCCCUGAUCAAUGCGGGCGGGCAUUACGCGUCCGAUCGACCCAACGGUCAACUCAUUGGCUGUGAUUUACUGCCCGUGUCCCCUUUACCCGGUGUGACGUUCUUGGCGGGUGCGGAUUUUACUCACGAUACCGUUCAAACCCAAAUUCGGGACAUGAUGUCGAGUCCGGCGGCUGAUGUGGUCUUAUCGGACAUGGCCCCCAAUGCCUCUGGUCAUGGCUUCCAUGACCAUGAAGCCUUGAUUCAGUUGGCGUAUGCCGCCUUGAAGUUCGGGUUGGCUCAUGGCCGGGUGGGAUCACAUUUCUUGUGCAAGAUUUGGUCGGGUGCCAGAGAGGAGGCCUUCAUCGCGAAUUUGCAACGCUUUUAUCGGGUGGUUCAUACCGUCAAGCCCAAGAGUAGUCGAAGUGAUUCAGCCGAAAAAUUCUUGUUAGCUCUGGACUGUCUCGGAAUAAAACGAAAGGCUCCGGCCUGAUAUUUUUUUAAUUUGAUGUUCAAAGUAACAGAGCCGGCCUCUCUCCUCUUUGCAG